AUGUCCAAACUCGGAGUAUCAAAACAUGCCAAUCGAAACAUGAUUGCUUCGAUCCUAUCUGGUGUUCUUUUUGCAAUUGGCUGGUGGUUAGUUAUCGAUAUGUCUUGUCAGUAUUCAUCAUCGACACAUGUCAAUAAACUCCAUUAUUUGAUUGGCAUUGUGGCAACGUUUGCACUUAUUCUAGCUAAUUCAAUCGCGAACUCGAAAGUGCUUGGUGACAUCGAUGGUGAUCGGUGUCUAAAUCAAUUCGGCGCUCGAAGUCUUCUGUUUAUUUCAUUCUUAUUGGCAUUUGGUUCAUUGAUUGCAAGCACUUGGCUCUUAUUUGGUUACUAUGUUUUUCAGAAAAGAGAGCCUCUCUACCCUGGAAUAGUUAUAUUUGGUCAGAAUCUGGCUAUUUUUAUUAGUACGAUGAUCUUAAAAUUCGGUCGCACUGAACCAUUCCCCUAUUAA